AUGUCCGACUCAGACGGAAUAAUUGAGCCUAUUGAUGAUGGAGGCGAUGACCUUUUUGGCGACGAGGGCGACGAUGAUAUUGUACCUACCAAGGAGGAGUCAGUCAAUGAGGAUGAUGAGCUCGCCUCGGACCCAGAAGGCGACACCUACGCGCGGUACCGUAAUGACGAUGAAGACCAAGCACAACUAGAGACUAAGGAGCGUGCUGUCCAAACUGUCACGACCUACCGGCAUCGAACUCCCAAACCUAAAGACGGCGCGCUGCGAGUUCUUCGCGUUCCCAAGUUCAUGAAAAUCAUGCCUGAAGAGUACAACCCCGAUACAUUCCAACCAACCGAAUUCGAUAUCGCCAAUGCCAAAUCUGAACAUCCCAAACACGUCGCUCGAGUUCGAAGAGAUCAUGGCACCGGCGAGCUGAAAAGCAACACAAACGUCUUCCACUGGAGCGAUGGAUCGGUGACAAUCUCUGUUGGAGGGGAGCACUACGAAGUUAACAGAAAGGCACUUGCUCCACCACCGGAUAAGCCAUACAACGAGGUUCAAGAUGGACACUAUUAUGCCGCCGCCGCCGAGUUGCACAGUAAUAUCCUGAUGACGGUCGGACAUAUCACAGAGCAAUACAACGUUCGACCCAACAAGGCCGUUGGAGACGAUGCGCUGUCCCGUCUCGCCGAGAGAAUGGCAAGCGCCAGCAAGCCUGCGAACUCAACAGACAUGAUCAUCAGGACUACCCGCGAUCCUGAACUCCAGAAGAAGCAGGCUGAGCUGGCUGAAAAGGAGAGAAUGAAGGCCCAGCGAAGACGCGAAAAUGCCGAGGCUAAGAUGGUGAGCGGCGUGGGCAGAUCUUCUGGGCGUGGAGGAGGACUCUCGAUUGGUGAUCUUGAAGGAGGAUCUCGAGGCGCAGGAGGAUCUCGCAAACGUGGCGCACCUGGUGCAGGCAAGCCUAGGAGGCGACGAGAUGAGGAGUCCGAUGAGGAUCUUGAGGAGGCAGUCGGUCGCCACGAAGGCUACUCACUCGAUGAUGGCUUCAUUGUUGGUAGCGACGAUGAGGAAAUGGAUAGCCAAGCUGCUGAUGACGAUGAGGAAGAGCUCCUCGACGAUGACGAGGACGAGAAGCCUCGGUCCAAGCGACAGAGGACGAAGGAGCGUAGCGAAGACGAAGGUAGCGACGUCGAACAGAUGGCAGGACGAUCUCGCCGGAGAAAUGUCAUUGACGACGACGACGAUUAG